UUUAGGGAUUACAGAAUCACCGUCUUCGCUACCUGCCACACCAUCAGGAGGAGCUACACCGGACCCUCCUCCAACGACCGACCGUACCUCUGUCGCCCCUGGCAACGGCUGGUGACCCACCGGCUGCUCUGCUCCCGGCAGGAGGCCGCAAACAACAUGGCCUCCACAGCAGGAGGCAGCGAGGAGCAGAGGAGACGGCAAGUCUUCACCAUCCACUGCACCUCCUCCUCCUCCAGGACCAAGGCUUACAGGAGCAGCUCCUUCUACGUGAGCGAUGGAGGAGUGAAGUUCAUCUGAACAUCAGGAACCCAUCUGUGUCCAUGAGAACAUUAAACAUCAGGAACCCAUCUGUGUCCAUGAGAACAAACAUCUAGGAACCGUCUGUGUCCAUGAGAACAUUAAACAUCUAGGAACCCGUCUGUGUCCAUGACAACAUUAAACAUCUAGGAACCCGUCUGUGUCCAUGAGAACAUUAAACAUCAGUUA